AUGGACAUUCACGAAUCACUCUCUGUCACGGUCGAUGACGAUUGGGCAUGGAUUCCGAUUCACAUUUUCUCGUCAACUUCAGCAGCACCAGACUCCAGCAUUCCAAACUGGGACAUAGGCGGACCGUCUGACUUGAUCCAAGUUUCUCACUUAACCUGGGAAUCUCCCUCCGUUGCACCAGGCUUCUCUUCAAGUCUAAACGCACCUCUCACAUCCAUUUAUAACUCCUGGGAAUUACCUCAUGAUCUCUGCCUUCCCACUGAUACCUUGGCACCGAGUCUGCUGAGCCCGUUUGGGCCAAGCAACUCGAACCCAUCAUUGACAUUCAGCGCGGAAGUCACCGCUGGGUCCCUACUCAUCGAAGCCUCGGCGAGGUCUUCAGGUGAAUCGUCCACAAAGCAGUUGGGAGGAUACUCCAGUGUUGUACCCACAUCUCGAAAGCAAAACUACUUUCUUGAAUCAGAAAUUUCUCGGCGAAUGGACGUACUUCGAGAUGCAAUCAAGGACAAUACGGCGCAAUUAUCUGAGUCACGGUUCCUGGAGGACAUUCUUACCAUCCCUCAUGAGCAAACGAUACUUGAAAACCGACUCGAGAGCCUACAAAGAACUCUAGAUGCUCCUAGUUUGGGUGGCAUAUAUGUGUCCGACAUGGGUCAAUACUCUGUGAAGCAGGCACGAAGCAUAACAUACACCGAGCAUACUCCCCGAAAAGACAAUUUUUUUGCUCUUCUCGCGCGGUCGCCAGUUAUUCGAUACUUGGAGGACGCCUGCAAGCUGUCUCCCACCCAGUCAUUUGUGAAUGGGAUCUUACGAACAAUCUUGGAAGACUUUGAAAAAGGAAAUCCACGUGCCGUCGAGCACCGAUUGCAGCAAGAGCUGCCAAAUCACCAACACAAGAUCAGUCAACUCCUCCUCAAACACAAUGUUCCAAUUGAAUGCCGAGAUGACGAGGAUGCUCAUGUGAUCUGUGCUCGUGGUGUUCGGGCUAUGUUUGAAAUGUUCAAGAAAUGGAGCACGCUAGGAAGUAAAAUCCGUUUUGCGCCUACUAAACGCGUUUCUGACGAAGUGCAUAACCUAGUGUCUUCUUUUGAAAAGAUAUCUAGUUUAGUGGGCACGGACCGCGUCUUCCAGGCUCAGUCACCUCCGCGGCUCAAAUUGGUUCGGCUCAUCUCGAGGCUCUCGACCAGUUUCGCCCUCACACAACUGAGCGACAUUCUCCAAGCUGCCAAUAUUAUCGAUGAUAAAUACGCUGCCUUCUGUGAGGCACUUCUCCAAUCUGGUGACAUAAACGAAAUCAUACUGGAAUUGCGCGAGUGCGUGAAAGCGGAGAUGACGCGUCUUGUCAAGGUCAACACGGAGUUCAAGGCACUGCGGGCUGAGUACGAAGACGUGCAGGAUGCUCUCAGUCAGGAGAUGGAUUCUCUUGCUAAUGCUGCUCGGGUCUCAGGUUUCGAUGAAGGUGUGAGCACGAGGGAAGAGGCCCAGAUCAUUCACAAUAAGUUGUCCGAAGUCGAUGAACGGUUAGAGGCACUCCAAGUCGGACUCGGCGAUUAUGCUGGUGCUUUAAGCCAACUCCUCGAUGCAUUGGACGAUCCGUCAUCCGACCAGCCACGGAACGUGCCCCCUGAUCCUCCAGAAGCUACCAGUUUUGCGUUGGAAGAAAAUGCUUCAUCCCUCGUGUCGUGCCUUGGUGAUGUGUCUUCAGCAGUUUACGCUAGUCGUGCCCCGAAAAAACUGGAUUCACUGGGUGGGAUUCUUACCAACGAGGCCGUCAGGCUGCGCACGCGAUGUGUUCAGGUCGUGCCGGACCUAUCGCACACCCUUUCGAGUGUGCAGAUGCCUGCAGCGAAUCAACCCAACUCGUGGUGGGGACGAUUCCAGAGGAAGAGAGAAGUCAAGAACCUCGAAAAUGUGGUUACCUCGCUCUUCAAGGGAUACUACAAGCUCGCGAAUCGAUUCAGGUCCUACAAAUACUCAAUUUGUUUGUUCCUCUGGUUUGCUAGUUCGGAUGCUGCGGAGAAACGAGCGGGUAAUCGAAUGGCGGCGCUGUCGGAAACUGCCUGGAGCCAUUCACACAACCUCUCGCCGUAUUUGCGACCUCUAGACUUUGCGUUCAGCGAUAUAAUCCAAGGACUGGAAGAUUUGCGAGCGACAAUAGCCGCUUUCCAUUCACAGUAG